AUGGGUGCCUAUUUAUCAUCGCCUAUUUGUGACAAAGAUACUAUUGAAGGUUCAAAUGGUGAUUUAGCCUUUGCUGCAAGUUCAAUGCAAGGAUGGCGAAUGUCACAAGAAGAUGCACACAAUGCUAUACUUAAUUUUGAUAAUAAAACAUCAUUAUUUGCUGUUUAUGAUGGACAUGGUGGAGCUGAAAUUGCUCUAUAUUGUUCACGUCAUUUACCAGAUUUUCUAAAACAACUCGAUUCAUAUCGUGAAGGACGAUUCAGUGAUGCAUUAACUGAAUGUUUUCUUAAAUUCGAUACUUUAUUACUUGAUCCAAAAGUAAAAGAAAUUUUACAGGUUUUAGCUGAUUCAAAAGAUCGAAGUGACAGUGAUAAUGAACAAAUAGAUGAUCAAUCAGCUGAAAUUACUAUACCAAAAAAUAUUAAUGAAGAAAAUCAUCAUAAUGAUGAAUUAAAUGUUGAAGAAGCACAUUUAUUACGAAAAGAAGCUGAAUUACCUAUUGAAGAAGUUAUUAAACGUUAUAGUAGUGAUGAAAAAAAUUCUCACUCAUCCACGACUUCUAAACAUACAACACAAAGCUCUUCAAUACAUGAACAUGAUGAUGAAAAAACAAAAAGUUUACAAAAAUUAAAAGAACUUCGAGAUUCUGAACCAACAGAUGAAGAUAAUGUUUCUUCAACAAUUAAUUCUGAUGAAAUAAAAGCUGGUGAAGAAAAUACACCAGCAGAUGAUGUUUUAGAUCAUAAAAUUGCUGAAAUAACAACGAAUGGUGAAAAUUCAGAUGCAGUUGAAGCCAAACCAUCAUCAUCUGAACCUAAAACAACAUCAAGACGUUCUCGAAAACCAAUUUCAACUGAUACAACAGUUAAAUCGAAAUCAUUAACACAUCAUUUACUUAGCGAAAAUAUUAAUGACUUAGAAGAUGAUGACGAUGAAGAGGAAGAUGAUUUUGAACUUGAAGGGUCAGAUGACGAAACAAGUGAUGAUGAUGGUGAUGAUGAUGAUGAUGACGACGAAAAUACCGGUGAUGAAGACGAAGAAGGAGAUACAGAAGAAGAAGAAGAAGAGGAAGAUGAAGAAAAGCAAAUAGAACCAAGUAAAGCAGCACAAAUAAAAAAACUCAUGAAAAAAUCAAUUAUGGCUAUUUUAAAUCGACAUACAAAAAAGAAGAAGCAUGGCGACGAUAGUGAAGAUGAUGUCAAAGAAAAUCAAGAUAAUGAAGAUGAUGAUGAAGACAAUGAAGAUGAAGAAGAAGACGACGAUGAAGAUAACGAAAAUGAUGCAGAUUUAGGUAAAAUGCUUGAUAUGAAUAAUGAUCCAGGAUCAUCAAGUGGAUGUACUGCUGUUGUUGCUCUCUUACAUGAUAAACAAGUAUUCGUUGCAAACGCCGGUGAUUCUCGAUGUGUUAUAUGUCGUGAUGGUCAAGCUAUUGAAAUGAGUAUUGAUCAUAAACCAGAAGAUCCUCCAGAACGUACUCGAAUUGAAAAAGCUGGUUAUAAAGUAACAUUAGAUGGUCGUGUUUCAGGUGGUCUUAAUUUAUCUCGAGCUAUUGGUGAUCAUGCAUAUAAAAAAACUGCUAAAUUACCUGCUGAAGAACAAGCCAUAACUGCUUUACCUGAUAUACGUACAUUGACACUUGCUGAUCAAGAUGAAUUUAUGGUAAUUGCUUGUGAUGGUAUAUGGAAUUUUAUGUCAAGUCAAGAUGUUGUUGAUUUUGUACGUACACGUCUUGAUAAAAAAUCUAUAUCGGAAAUCUGUGAGGAAUUAUUUUCACAUUGUCUUGCACCAAAUACAAGCGGUGAUGGUACUGGUUGUGAUAAUAUGACAGCAAUUAUUGUUAAAUUUAAUUUUAAUCAGCAAUCGAAAGUACAAUCUAAUGAACAAUCAACAGUAUCAAAAUCAACUGAGCAUAGUCCAUGGUCAACAAUGUUUUCAUCAGCUAAUAAUAAACGAUCAUUAUCACCUGAACAUACCAUAACAGAAAAUACAGAUGCAAGUAUCAAAAAAUUGAAAAUUGUAGCCGAGAAUGGUACAAAUGAUGCAACAUCACCUACAAAAAUGGCAGGUGCCUUUUCUUUUAAUGCUGCUACCAAUAAUAAUAAUUAA